CUAAAUAUUCGUCAAACCACUCAAACCUAAUAAAGUAGAAUAUUCAUCUGGAAUGGCCUUCUUAUUAAAAAAAAACUUCUGUAAGCUUAUUCGCGCGAUAAUCAUCACUUUACAUUCUUUACAAAGUAAUCAUAUUAUAACCUUAGAACAUUCUGUAUUAUUUUAAAUCCUAUUAUCAUAAUAAUUACAAAAAAAGACAGACUAAAACCAAAACAAUCUUUAGUUCAUUAUCUGGUUGAAUAACCUGACGUCAGCUGAUAGAAAGAUAUAAAUAACCGGUACGUGAAGCUACCAAACCAGUGUAUAGUCUGAACUCGCAAGUCGUUAUAGAAACAAAACUGUUUAAUAGUCGUAACUCGAUCAAUCGAAUCGUAUCCUAGCAAAUUAUCGUGAUAAUAAAGUGUCAAAAAACUCAGUAAAAAUGUCAGAAAGCCAUUUCGACGAAUACGAACAUUAUAAUUUCGAAUAUGAGAAGCAAAUCUACAGCGGUCACAGCGGUGGUAAACAAAGAACGAAAAAAGAGGCCAGUGAACACACCAACCAUUUCGAUCCCUCAGGCCACUCUAGAAAAAUAGCGACCAAGUUGAUGAAUUUAGAGGCCAACAAGAAGAAGCAAGCUGCGUGAUCCAACAGGACUCAUGCAAAGGUGAAUAAACUACGAGACUGAAAAGAUUCCCGCAGAUGGUUUAAUGAUUUGAAUUUUUUUAUAAUUUUUCUAUGCUUUAACAACUUUAAAAACCCAAAUAAAAACUUUAAAGGGUAUCAAUCGCAUUUGGAAUAAUUAAUUUUGAUUUGAUGAAAGUGUUUUAUAAUUUUUUUUAUGGAAUAAAUUGGUUAUAAAACUCUGUAUACAUUUUUUUCAAUGUCAUAACAUGACACCCACUUAAUGUUUUGCUUUUGUUGACAACUAUAUUUUUUAUAACUAGAAACGACUGGUUUUCAAGGUGAUUUGUGUUUUCGAAACAAAGAUAAUUGAAAAUAAACCGAAGGCGAGGAUAACCUUCUGAUAAAAGAAUUGAGAAAUAUCUAAUCUUUAGUAUUUUUUUACGAUGUAGGUAUAUACAAGGUGGACAAGGCAUUUCAACGUAAGGUAAAAUAAGUACAAUUUGAAAAAAGUGAAGAAGGAAGAAGCAUAUUCAAGACUGAAUCUCGCAAAAAUUAAUCAAAACUGGCAUCAAAUUUUACGCAAGGCAAAAUGUCAAGAAAUGAAAAAUAAUGUUCAGCACGUAAAGGAUUGGAUCGACCGCUUGAUCGAUUACAAAAAUAGAUCGAUAGCCAAGUUGUUAAAAAACCUUGAAGGAGCCGAGGAGGAUUACUUAAACAACUCUAAUUCGCAUACAAACCAUUUGGAAAACAUACUGAAAGACCAAACUAAAUAUGUAGAGAAACUGUAUGCUCAGCAUCUAAAAGACGUGGAGGAAUUAAUGAGAUCUUCCCAAAUUGAAAGUGAGAAUUUGUACAAAGAAGCUGGAGAGGAACAAAUAUAUUUGAGGACUAUAUUGUAUAGGCAGGAGAUUAAUGAAAAUGCUAGUAAAAAGGAGGUUGAAAACUACAUGCUUAACUAUUACGAAGCUGAACAUGACUUCCAGUCAAGUCUGCAAAAAAUGAUGAAAUCUCAAGAGGACGUCUGUACAGGAAUAUGGAAACAAGUAGAGGAACAAAUAAUGGAAUAUAUUGAAAAAACUGAUGCACGACGAAUGAAAUAUGCUGAACUAAUGAGAACAGACGCCGAAAGUGCCACCGAAAUAAUCGAUAAUGAAGAACGCAUAAAGCAGGAACAGGCAGAAGUUCAUACCCUCAAAGAACAAUUAGAAAAUCUCAAUUCGGCCCAAGAUAUCAAAAUAUCAUUAUUAGACGUAGAACUGAAAGAAUUAAAACAAGAUUUUUUCAAGAAACGAAAAGACCUCAAGAAAGAUUUAGAAACUGAUGACUUAAAAAUGAAAGUACUUGUAGAAGCUUCUACCGAGUCUAUAGAAUAUUUAAAAAAAAUCGCGCAAAGAGGGGAGUACAUAAGGAACCUCGCAGAAUCCUGUAAAAAGUUCGAAACGGACCGGGAAAAGUUAGUAAAUUGGUUUUCGGUUACUAGAACGAAUUUUAAAAUGUAUAAUGAUGUGGAAGAAGAAGAAGAACAAGAACCCGAAUCGUCGAAAGUCGCGGAUGAGGUGCAAGAAUUACAAUGUAUCCUUAGAGAAUCAUUAGAAGAAGAUAUAGAAACAGAAGAAUCAAAAUCGCUCGGUUCGAAAUCAGAUCAACUCUCAGAAUUAUCACCUCGAAGUAUAGUUCCAGAAAUUGCAUCACCUGAAAUCACUAACAUAACAUCUGUCCAAAACGUCACUUUAUACGAUAAAGUUCUAGAGGAAGCUUCUCCGAUUUUAUCACCAAUGACUUCCGAAGAAUCCCAAAAGUCCGAGAAGAAAUCAUCAGAUUUCGUCGACAGUUGCUUGAAAUCUCUAGAACCAAUUGAAAAUUUUUGGACAACUUACAACAAAGUUAAGAUAGAUUGUUUGGAACUAAAGGAAGAGAAGAGAGUUUUGGAACAUGAAAACAAACAACUACGAGGAAUGAUUAGAGCUAUUCUAGAGGCGGCGGCCUUAUCAAAUUCUAUACCGAAUAGUAAAGUGUCUACAAGGGUGCCUUCAAGGAAAAUAAGCGCAUGCUCAGCUACCAUUCGAAGGCUGAAUUUAGUUAAAUAGAUGUACUUUUGAUGUAGCUUUAUCAUUGAUAAAUAGUAUAUUAGUUCAGGUGAAGGAUGAGAUGAGUACAAAGCUGUCGUAAAAUUGGAAAUUAUAAAAAUCAGCCUUCCUGAAAUGGUGUUACGAAUUUAAAAUAUAUAAUACCUCUGUUAAAAUAAUUGUAAAUCGUUUGUUAAACUGUUUUACACCAAAAAUACAACAGUCUUACUACACAAAGUAAACCAUAAUUUUGUGGACACAGACAGACGCCAUCGCUUCUUAUUCAUUCCAAUGAACUGGAGUGGGGUAGAAGGCCAAUGUGCACGUUGUAUCAAUAGAUUAGAUUAGGAGUUGGACAUUAUUUGGUUUUGUCCAACGCGACCUUUUCAGAUCUCCGUUUGUUUUAGAGUAUGUCGUCUAGCAUGGUCUUUUUUAUUAGACUUAGUAGCUUUGACAGUGGCUCAAGCAUGUAGUUGCAUGUAAUUGGCUUUUCUUCGCCUAAUGUUAGAAACCUCAUUCCAGCCAGGCCUUCACAUUGGCACAGGACGUGGAAUGAUGUUUCCUCUUCUUCUUCACAAAACCUGCAC